CUCUGAACUCUAACAGUCCUAGACCAAGAAGCUUCAUCUAUCCAUUAGACAAGGAAAUCCAGUCAGACAGAAACACAACAGAAUCCUUCACUCAAACAAAGUUGGAACGAAUAGGUAGCAAGUGA